UAUUGGUGUUGAGAUGAAAGAAAAAGUCAAGGCUCCCCUACUUCUUCGAUUCAUCCAUUGCGACCAUCUUCAUCGCCUCUCUAACCACACAAACCACAAAGCCUAAUGUCUAAACGAAAACACAACACAUGAGUCUCUCUUUUCUUAACAAUUUUUAAGCUUUACGUAAAUAAUAAUACUAAUAAGCUAUGGAGAAGAACGACAAGGACCCUAAUCUUCAUCAUGAUGAUGAUCAUAAUAAUGACAAAUCUAAAGAAGAGGAGAAAGGAGACACCGUUUCAGAUGAUGUCGAUGUUGAUAAAAAAGAGAAUGUCGAUGUUAGUAAUGCUGAGACAGAUCACGUCGAUCCAGGAGACAAUGCCGAAAAGGUUAACUCACCAUUAGGACAGGAAGAAGCACCACCAGAGAUUCCUCAAACCAUAGAGUCCUUAUCCGAAGAGCUCGACCAGCUUCUCACGAGCCUCUCCCUUCACAAAGAGGAACACAAAGACAACAACACCGAGGAGGAGAAAGGAGAGGAUGGUAAUUAUUUUCAGAUCCCACAGUUCGUUGGCAAGUUCUUGGAUCUCUUCGAGGACAAACUCUCCAAACACGACACCGUCGACCCUAAAACGACGUGGUAUCAAGAUCCAGAGGAGGUCUCUUCGCUUCUCGAAGCUGUUGAUCGUGUCUCAAAGCUUAUGGAGCUGUUGCUCAACACCAAAUCUUGUUUGGACCAUCACGAGUCGUUGAUCAACCACGCUGGAUCGAUCCAGCAGCGUGCGAUGGCCUUCUUGGAAGACGAGUUCCGUGUCCUUCUAGAAGAGUCUGUGAUCAAGGAGCCUGCGGUGGUCACGGAGGAUCAACAAGAUCACCACAACGACUCCCAAGAUCAGGACAAUGUAAACAACGUUCCUGAAGGCGACGAUGAGAAGAUUGAAUACCCUGGCUACUCUGAAGAGAUGGUUGUCUUGCUGAGGAAGAUAGUUGAGAAGAUGAAAGGAGCAGGGUACGGAUGCGAAUGCAAAGAGGCUUACUUGGUCGGGAGAAGGAAUAUCUUGAUGCGUACGUUGAAACAGGACUGCGAGUUUGAGAAAGUGAGCAUAGACGAGGUGCAGAAGAUGAGCUGGGGAGAGCUGGAGAGAGAGAUACCUAUCUGGAACAAGACUGUUAAAGACAGCUCCUCCCUCUUCUUCCCUGGGGAGCUCAAACUCGCGGAGAAGAUCUUCCCAGGGGACGAGGGGAGCUUGUUCAACAUCGUCACGCAUGGGUUAGCCAUCCAGUUCUUGGGUUUCGCUGAGGCCGUGGCCAUGACCAAACGGUCCACCGAGAAGCUCUUCAAGAUCCUUGACAUCUACGAGACUCUUAGAGACGGCUUCCCAGCCAUUGAGGAGCUCUUCACUGAAGAGCUCCGCAGCGAGCUGAGGAGCGAGGUGACCAGCGCUCGCUCCCGCUUAGGAGAGACAGCUAUCAACAUAUUCUCUGAUCUCGAGAACUCUAUCAAAUCAGAUUCUAGCAAGACCCCUGUGCCAGGGGGCGCGGUGCAUCCCCUGACCAGGUACACCAUGAACUACCUCAAGUACUCGUGCGAAUACAAAGACACGCUGGAGCAAGUGUUCAAGUCUCACUCCAAGAUGGAGGAGGAGGAGUCUACGGAGAGGGCCUUCGCGAACCAGCUGAUGAGGAUCAUGGACCUGUUGGACGGGAACAUGGAGGCGAAGUCGAAGCUGUACAAGGACAUACCACUGAGCUGCAUCUUCAUGAUGAACAACGGGAGAUACAUAGUGCAGAAGAUCAAAGGCUCUGCGGAGAUAUACGAGGUGAUGGGAGACACAUGGUGCAGGAAGAGGUCGUCCGAGCUGAGGACUUAUCACAAGAACUACCAGAGAGAGACGUGGGGGAAGCUGCUUGGAUUCUUAGGGCACGAGGGGCUUAUGCACAACAACAAGAUAGUCAAGCCUAAUCUUAAAGAAAGGUUCAAGAGCUUUAAUGCGACAUUCGACGAGAUACACAAGACGCAGACCACUUGGGUGGUUAACGACGAGCAGCUGCAGAGUGAGCUGAGGGUUUCUAUAACCGCGGUGAUGAUACCUGCCUACAGAGCCUUCAUGGCUAGGUUUGGACAGUACUUGGAUCCUGGUCGUCAGACAGAGAAGUAUGUUAAAUACCAGCCUGAGGAUAUUGAGGAUCUCAUUGAUCAGCUCUUUGAAGGCAACACUUCCUCCUCUUCAACCGCCACCGCCAAGCGAAGAACGUAGUAGCUUCUCUAUUUCUUUCUUGUUUUGCAAGCAACACUUUCUUCUUAUGAAUAAAAAAUCGAUGUAUUCUUUGUUGAUAGCAUAAUGGUAAGUUAUGUGAACGCAACUCACUUUU